AUGAUGCAAAAACCAAAAAAAAAAAAAUAUAAUGAUCUAGUUGAAAAUAAUAAUGUUAAUGCUUCAAUUCAAGCAUCAGCUAUGAAUGAUAAUGAUUUACCGAUAUUACCACAAGUGAUGUCAUUCAAUUGCUUAACAACGUGGUCAUUUUCUGGUGAAUUACUCGAUGGUUAUAUAUGGAAACAAAUGUUAGAACUUCAUGUUCCAUAUUUAUUUAAAUUUGAAUUUCAUAUGUGGAUUGCGAAAAAGCGUCCAAAAUUAGAUUUAGAUAUAGUUGUGAGUUCAUUUGAAUAUUUUGUUAGAAAAUAUUCUAAUUGGCAUAUGAUUAUUAAUCGAUGGAGAUUUAAUGGUCAAACUAGAGGUAAAUAA